UGCUGUGACAAUCUCUCUACGGGGAGGGACAUCCAAGAACAAGGCAGGAAACUGCUCAGUCCAUUCUCAGAGCUCCGCAUAUCUCGCCUCGCCAUGCAGGUCUCCAUCGCCUGCACCGACCACAACCUGAAGGGUCGCAACGGCGACCACGGCAAGCAGAACGUCACCAGCCCAAACGUUGUUAACGCGGCGCGGGCCAAGUUCCGCACUGUGGCCAUCAUCGCACGCAGCUUUGGCUCUUUCACACCACGACACCACAUCUCCCUCAGAGAGUCUACAGGCAAACUCACCGGCAUGAAGUACCGGAACCUGGGGAAAUCUGGCCUGAGAGUGUCUUGUUUGGGACUCGGAACCUGGGUUACGUUUGGUGGCCAGAUUUCAGAUGAGGUGGCUGAGCAGUUGAUGACCAUUGCUUAUGAGAGUGGAGUGAAUCUGUUUGACACAGCAGAGGUGUAUGCGGCAGGAAAAGCUGAAAUUAUCCUGGGCAACAUCAUCAAGAAAAAGUGCUGGAGGCGGUCCAGUCUGGUUAUCACAACAAAGCUUUACUGGGGAGGCAAAGCAGAGACUGAAAGAGGCCUCUCUAGGAAACACAUAAUUGAAGGACUGAAGGGAUCUCUCCAGAGGAUGCAGCUGGAGUAUGUUGAUGUUGUCUUUGCCAACCGUCCAGACAACAAUACACCUAUGGAGGAGAUCGUCAGGGCCAUGACUUAUGUGAUAAACCAAGGGAUGGCCAUGUACUGGGGCACCUCACGCUGGACUGCUAUGGAAAUCAUGGAGGCGUAUUCUGUGGCACGACAGUUCAACCUGAUCCCUCCUGUGUGUGAGCAGGCUGAGUAUCAUCUCUUCCAGCGAGAGAAGGUGGAGUUGCAACUGCCUGAGCUCUAUCACAAGAUAGGUGUGGGAGCCAUGACAUGGUCUCCCCUGGCCUGUGGCAUUAUUACAGGAAAGUACGAGAAUGGCAUCCCAGAAUCCUCCAGGGCUUCCAUGAAGUCAUACCAGUGGCUGAGGGAUAAAAUUCUGAGUGAAGAUGGGAAGAAGCAGCAGGCUAAGUUAAAGGAGUUGGGCCACAUUGCAGAGAAGCUGGGCUGCACCCUGCCGCAGCUUGCUGUGGCCUGGUGUCUGAGAAAUGAAGGGGUUAGCUCUGUCCUCUUGGGAACCUCCAGCCCAGAACAACUGACAGAGAACCUGGGGGCAAUACAGGUCCUUCCAAAGAUGACUUCUUAUGUUGUCUCAGACAUAGACCACAUACUGGGAAACAGGCCUUAUAGCAAGAAGGACUAUCGCUCAUAGAUCCAACCGUCCACCCUCUGGACAAACGGAGAGAUAGAGAGUGAAAGAGAGAGAACGCAAAACCAGUAGCAGUCACAUGUACUUGUGGUUCCUGCUCCAAACCUGAUACAUCCCUGUCCAUCCAUGGCUCCACCUUCCGACAUGAGCCUGUCAGCACUGGGCUCCUUCUGACCUGUGUAUGCAUGAACACAGGGCACCACAGAAAAGCUGUGCACCCAUUUCCAAAGCCACUUUCUAUAUAAAGUCAUAAUGCAAGAACCCACAAUGUGCCCAUAGAAAACAGAGCAUUGUGCUUCAACAUUUGUGCCGCUAGCACCUGCUCAACUCUAAUAUGCCUAUUUCAGAAGGUUUAAACAUUUAUCCUGACCCUACCAGCCCUCUUGUCACUGAAAAAUACAGCAGUCGAGCAACUGAAGGAGAGAGGGGCAAGACUGAUGGAAGAGGAGAGGGCAAGAAGAAAAUGGAGCAUGUCACUGUCCUCUGUUUAAAUGGAUAACUACAACUUUCUUUCCAGACUGCAUGGAGCACAAUAGGACUCUAGCAUGAGACAAAGUGUCCAGCUGUUUGCAUCAAGGUUGCCCCCAGUCUUUACCCUCGACCUGUGUGUAGCCCUCAAAGCGAUUGGAUUAUGGCAUAUAAAAAUGAUGUCAUCUUGGGAUGAUGACAUAUCUGGCAGCCAUGGUAUGGUUCUGGUUACGGAUAAUUGUCUAUGUGCUUUAAAGUGACAUGCUGUAAAGUCAAGCUUUUUUUCUUGUAUUUUUUCAGGAUUAUAUAC